UCGGAUACAACUCGAAACACUCGGAGCUCUGAGUUACUCUCUAAUGGCGGCGAAAUCUAGGGCUUGGUUCUGUUCCAUUUUUAUCGCUCUUUUCGUUGUCUCGUCGAUUUCUUCGGUGACAGCAGGAGAUGAGGGGGAGUCGAAGGACGAGCCGUCUUCGGUUCUCACGCUCGACGCCUCCAAUUUCGAUGAGGCGAUCGCUAAGCAUCCGUUCAUCGUCGUCGAGUUUUACGCUCCUUGGUGUGGCCACUGUACAAAGCUGGCUCCAGAGUAUGAAAAGGCUGCAUCAUUGCUGAGUAAGCAUGACCCUCCAAUCAUUCUUGCUAAAGUUGAUGCCAAUGAGAAUGUCAAUAAAGAGCUUGCCUCUAAGUAUGAGGUGAAAGGCUUCCCCACACUUAAGAUCUUUAGAAAUGAAGGAAAGAACGUCCAAGAUUAUAAAGGUCCUAGGGAGGCUGAUGGCAUAGUUGAGUACUUGAAGAAACAAGUUGGUCCUGCUUCUGCUGAGAUUAAAUCGUCAGAGGAUGCUGCUAAUGUCAUCACUGAGAAGAAAGUUAUUAUUGUGGGGGUGUUCCCUGAAUUUUCUGGUGAGGAGUUUGAGAACUUCAUCACAGUAGCAGAGAAAUUGCGUUCUGAUUAUGACUUUAGUCAUGUGUCUGAUGCUAAGCUCCUUCCUCGUGGAGAUUCAUUAGUCAAGGGACCCAUAGUUAGACUAUUCAAGCCAUUUGACGAACUUUUUGUUGAUUCCCAGGAAUUUAAGGUUGAAGCUUUAGAAAAAUUCAUUGAAGUUGCUAGCGUUCCUAUUGUCACUACCUUUAACAAGGAUCCAGCCAACCACCCUUUUGUCAUUAAAUUCUUUAACAGCAAUAAUGCCAAAGCUAUGUUUUUCCUGAAUUUCAGCAGUGAACAAUUUGAUGCCUUCAAGUCUAAGUAUCAUGAGGUGGCCUCAACCUUCAAAGGAAAGGGUAUAAGCUUUCUGAUUGGCGACCUUGAUGCCAGUCAAGGUGCUUUUCAGUAUUUCGGCCUUAAAGAAGACCAAGUACCUCUUGUUGUCAUACAAGAAAAUGAUGGGAAGAAAUAUCUUAAGCCAAACGUGGAACCUGAUCAGAUAUCCACCUGGUUGAAGGAGUACACGGAGGGCAGCUUAAAACCAUUCAGAAAAUCAGAGCCAAUUCCUGAGGUUAACAAUGAACCUGUCAAGGUGGUGGUUGCUGAUAACCUGCAUGAUGUGGUUAACUCAGGGAAAAAUGUUCUACUUGAAUUUUAUGCGCCUUGGUGCGGACAUUGUAAGAAACUAGCACCGAUUUUGGAUGAAGUAGCCGUCUCAUUUGAGAAAGAUUCUGAUGUGAUUAUUGCAAAGAUGGAUUCUACUGCAAAUGAUAUUCCAAGUGAGUUCAAUGUCAGAGGAUAUCCAACUCUGUACUUCUCUUCUGCUAGCGGCAAGCUUAUGCAGUAUGAAGGAGGUAGAACGGCAGAGGAUUUUAUUAAUUUCAUAAAGGAAAACAAGGAUUCGACUGGCCAAUCCCAGACACCAGUUCAACCUGAGCCAACAAUAGAAGCAAAAGAUGAACUUUGAGCAAGAAAUUCAACGACGAGGAGAAUUAUGUCUUACUGCGAUGAGGGUUGAGAAAGGAGAGAAACAGCUUUAGCUAACCUUACAAUUUUACUCGUGCUCUGAGGCAUUAUUAGUUGCAUGUUUUCUUGUAACUUAAACUAGAUUAUAAACCCUUAGUAGUUAGUUACAAAGUUAAAAUCAUCAAUUGUGCUGCAUGCAAUAUUAUCAAAUGUUUGUUGCAGGUUUUAUUAUGAUUGAUCAGGCCAACUGUAUUAGAAUCUUGUGACAUCAUUUUUAUCCCAUAAUGAGGAAUCUUCUCAU